CCUAGGCGCAGACGCACUGAGCCCAAGCAGCCGGUGAUGGCGGCAGCUGCGGUGGUGGCUGCGGUGGGUCCGGGCCCAUGAGGCGACGACGGAGGCGGGACGGCUUUUACCCAGCGCCGGACUUCCGAGACAGGGAAGCUGAGGACAUGGCAGGAGUGUUUGACAUAGACCUGGACCAGCCAGAGGACGCGGGCUCUGAGGAUGAGCUGGAGGAGGGGGGUCAGUUAAAUGAAAGCAUGGACCAUGGGGGAGUUGGACCAUAUGAACUUGGCAUGGAGCAUUGUGAGAAAUUUGAAAUCUCAGAAACUAGUGUGAACAGAGGGCCAGAAAAAAUCAGACCAGAAUGUUUUGAGCUACUUCGAGUACUUGGUAAAGGGGGCUAUGGAAAGGUUUUUCAAGUACGAAAAGUAACAGGAGCAAAUACCGGGAAAAUAUUUGCCAUGAAGGUGCUUAAAAAGGCAAUGAUAGUAAGAAAUGCUAAAGAUACAGCUCAUACAAAAGCAGAACGGAAUAUUCUGGAGGAAGUAAAGCAUCCCUUCAUUGUGGAUUUAAUUUAUGCCUUUCAGACUGGUGGAAAACUCUACCUCAUCCUUGAGUAUCUCAGCGGAGGAGAAUUAUUUAUGCAGUUAGAAAGAGAAGGAAUAUUUAUGGAAGACACAGCCUGCUUUUACUUGGCAGAAAUCUCCAUGGCUUUGGGGCAUUUACAUCAAAAGGGGAUCAUCUACAGAGACCUGAAGCCGGAGAAUAUCAUGCUUAAUCACCAAGGUCAUGUGAAACUAACAGAUUUUGGACUAUGCAAAGAAUCUAUUCAUGACGGAACAGUCACACACACAUUUUGUGGAACAAUAGAAUACAUGGCCCCUGAAAUCUUGAUGAGAAGUGGCCACAAUCGUGCUGUGGAUUGGUGGAGUCUGGGAGCAUUAAUGUAUGACAUGCUGACUGGAGCACCCCCGUUCACUGGGGAGAAUAGAAAGAAAACAAUUGACAAAAUCCUCAAAUGUAAACUCAAUUUGCCUCCCUACCUCACACAAGAAGCCAGAGAUCUGCUUAAAAAGCUGCUGAAAAGAAAUGCUGCUUCUCGUCUUGGAGCUGGUCCUGGGGACGCUGGAGAAGUUCAAGCUCAUCCAUUCUUCAGACAUAUUAACUGGGAAGAACUGCUGGCUCGGAAGGUAGAGCCCCCCUUUAAACCUCUGUUGCAAUCUGAAGAGGAUGUGAGUCAGUUUGAUUCAAAGUUUACACGUCAGACACCUGUUGACAGCCCAGAUGACUCAACUCUCAGUGAAAGUGCCAACCAGGUCUUUCUGGGUUUUACAUAUGUGGCUCCAUCUGUACUUGAAAGCGUGAAAGAAAAGUUUUCCUUUGAACCAAAAAUACGGUCACCUCGAAGAUUUAUUGGCAGCCCACGAACACCUGUCAGCCCUGUCAAAUUUUCUCCUGGGGAUUUCUGGGGAAGAGGUGCUUCAGCCAGCACGGCAAAUCCUCAGGCGCCUGUGGAAUACCCAAUGGAAACAAGUGGAGUAGAGCAGAUGGAUGUGACGGUGAGUGGGGAAGCUUCAGCACCACUUCCAAUACGACAGCCGAACUCCGGGCCAUACAAAAAACAAGCGUUUCCCAUGAUCUCCAAACGACCAGAACACCUGCGUAUGAAUCUAUGACAGAGCAAUGCUUUUAAUGAAUUGAAGGCAAAAAAGGUGGGGAGAGGAUGUGUGAGCAUCCCGCAAGGUGAAACAAGAAGACUCAAAAUGACAGUCUCGAAGAGUCAGUGUCAUUACAUAGAACACAUUGGACAGAGGAAAAAUAAACAUGGAUUUUAAAAAAUCAAUCAAUGGUGCAAAAAAACUUAAGAGAAAAUAGUACUGCGGAACUCUUAGGCACAUCAAUUAAUUGAUUCCUAGCAACAUCGUCUCAACCUAUCAAGGAUUUUCAUGUUGAUGGCUCGAAACUGACAGUAUUAAGGGUAGGAUGUUGCUUCUGAAUCACUGUUGAGUUCUGAUUGUGUGGAAGAAGGGUUAUCCUUUCAUUAGGCAAAGUAUGAGUUUGCCUGUAAUACUUGCAACUAAGGACAAAUUAGCAUGCAAGCUUGGUCAAACUUUCCAGCAACAUGGAAUCAAAGACGAAAGAAACUUAACAAUUGAUGUUUUACGUGCAAACAACCUGAAUCUUUUUUUAUAUAAAUAUAUAUUUUUCAAAUAGAUUUUUGAUUCAGCUCAUUAUGGAAAACAUCCCAAACUUUAAAAUGCGAAAUUAUUGG